CUGCGGGUUCUUGAUUCAAGAUUUCAUUCUCUCCGGUUCUGUCAUGAGAUGGCGCAAAACCUCGCCUGAACCCUUAAUACAGCGGAUCGCGAGGAUAUCUCAAGGAUCGAGGAAUUCAAGAACUUGUUAAAGAUAAUCUGUCUAAAGGUAAAGAUUCGUGAAAAGGGGAUGGAGGGUCAAUCUACCGAUGGGAAUGAGAAUUCAACUUCUGCAAUAAAGGAGAUGCGGCAGCAGCUUGAAACCCGGAUCGACACCCUCCACACGACGCAGUUGGACCUAAUCGCCUCUCUCCAGAACUUCGUCCCGGACCUCGUUUCCUCUCUAGACCUCUCUCUAAAAGCAAUUUCGGCUAUUAACGGUAAACCCUUUUCUCCCCUUGCUGAAAUCCUCCCUUCCAAGCCUGUUUUGGGGAAAUCCAAUAUCCAUAAGUUGCCGCCAGAGAAUCCGAAAAUACCUGCUGCUCUCGUCUCGAAGCCUUCGCCCAGAGAGAAUGAGAGGGCUUUGAUUGAGGAAAGCGGUGGGCCGCUUUCGGUCGUUAGGUCGAUGGUGGCCGUGUGUUUGCUAGAGAGGGUGCCUUUCCGUCCAAUAGAUUCGCCCGCGGUGUUGAGAAAGUUGGAGAAUGAUUCGUCGGCUACAGCAGCUGAAAAAGCCGCCUUGAGGGAGUUGGGUGGGGAGGCAGGAGCAAUGCUUGCAGUGGAGAUGGCGUUGAGGGCAAUGGCGGAGGAUCAUGGUGGAGUGGAGUUGGAUGAGUUUCUGGUGAGUGGGAAGUCCACAGUAAUGGUGAUGAACAUUGAUAGAACUAGGCUUUUGAAAGAGCUGCCCGAAACUAAGCAGUUGAAUGAGGGGGGUUCGAAUGAUGGAAACAGGAUUAGUGAAGUUGGGAAGAGUGGGGAAGGUAUAAUUGGUGGUGCCGGCGUAUUUGGAGUUGGAAGGGGGAUGCCGGACAUGUGGAUGGGAGGACCAAUGAUGUCAGGGCCUAGGGGUAUGGGGCCGAGAGGGGCGGGGAUGAUAGGGGUUCCAAGAGGUGUGGGGGUGCCGCCUCCAAUGCAUAGGCAGUCUCCGGCAGCUCCAAUUGGGCUUCAAGGUGGAGGGGCGAAUGCCCUUUCAUUGAAGCCAAAAUCGGAAGAGGAUGAGAUGAAGGAUCUUAUGGUCUUAUUACAAAAGAAGAGCUUUAUGGAACAGCAGAAGUCGAAGACAGGAGAGGAGCUUUUGGAUCUUAUCCACCGGCCUACUGCUAGAGAAACUGCAGUGGCUGCUAAAUUUAAAAGUAAAGGUGGUUCUCAAGUGAAAGAAUACUGCUCGGCACUGACCAAAGAAGAUUGCCAACGGCAAAACAGUUCCUUCAUUGCUUGUGAGAAGGUUCAUUUUCGACGAAUAAUUGCUGCACAUACUGAUGUUAAUUUGGGGGAUUGUUCAUUUCUUGACACGUGCCGUCACAUGAAGACAUGCAAGUAUGUCCACUACGAGCUUGACUCAACUCCUGAUGUAUCAUCUAUGAUGAUGGGACAAGGUAAUAUCCCCAGGCCAUUAAAGCCUCAGAGUGCUCACUACUGCUCAGAAGUAGAGCUUGGAGAGCCGCAGUGGAUUAAUUGUGACAUACGGAAUUUCAGAAUGGAUAUAUUAGGACAAUUCGGGGUCAUAAUGGCUGAUCCUCCCUGGGAUAUACAUAUGGAAUUGCCUUAUGGAACCAUGGCUGAUGACGAAAUGCGGACACUAAAUGUCCCUGCAUUACAGACUGAUGGUCUGAUAUUUCUCUGGGUUACUGGGCGUGCAAUGGAACUUGGCCGUGAAUGUUUGGAACUUUGGGGGUACAAGCGUGUAGAGGAGAUAAUCUGGGUAAAGACUAAUCAACUUCAGCGGAUCAUAAGAACAGGUCGCACAGGCCAUUGGCUUAACCACAGCAAGGAACAUUGCCUUGUUGGAGUAAAGGGUAACCCUGAAGUAAAUAGAAAUAUUGACACUGAUGUCAUUGUUGCUGAGGUUCGUGAAACAAGUCGAAAACCAGAUGAGAUGUAUGCCAUGCUGGAGAGGGUAAGUCCAAGAACAAGAAAGUUGGAGCUGUUUGCGAGAAUGCACAAUGUACAAGCUGGGUGGUUAUCCCUGGGUAAUCAGUUGCAAGGAGUUCGCUUGGUAGACGAAGGUCUUCGAGCCAGAUUUAAGGCAGCCUACCCUGCUGUCGAAGUGCAGCCCCCAUCACCUCCCAGAACAACUGCUAUGGAAGUGGAUCGUCCUGCUACUUCAUCUAGGAACCCCUUUGUUGAAGGCGAAACCAAGACAUUGGGGAACCAAUUUACAGAUUCGACCGGACCGACAGCUUCCUAUCCGUCGGAAGCCAAAGGGUUGACUGCAGCUGGAGAUACGUUGGGAUUGCUGCUUCUUGUGGUUAGAGCUUAAGAGCAGCUUUCGCCAUUGCGAGCGUGCCCUUGUAUGUCUGAUUUCCACCUAUAAAGCCACUCAUAUGCACAAAAACACCUCCGGGGAUAGCCGACUCCUUAGAUAGCU